AUGCCAAGAAGCAAAGUGAAGCUUGCUUAUAUCUCAGACGAUUCCGCGAGAAGAACCACAUUCAGAAAACGGGAGAGUGGCUUAAUCAAGAAGGCAGAGGAGAUCACAACGUUGUGCGGAGUCGAAGCAUGCGCCAUCCUAUACAGUCCUUAUAGCCCCGAGCCGAACGUCUGGCCUUCUCCGCUGGACGCUCAGCGCGUGAUCUCGAGGUUUCGGAACAUGGCUCCACCGGAACAGAACAGAAAGAUGGUGGACCAACAAAGUUUCACCCGUCAAAGGCUCGAGAAGACGACCGAGAAAGUGACGAAACUGGGGACGGAGAACCGGCAUAACGAGAUGACUCAGGUCAUGUACCAGUGUUUGUCCGGUAGACUAGGGUUGGAGUGUUUAAGCAUAGGUGAUUUGUACUACUUGAGUGGGUUGGUUAGCCAAAACUUGAGGGUGAUUGACCGGAGACUGGAGUUUUUCCAAAGGCGUGAUCACAGUGGUUGA